UUAGGUAGAUUGCGAUUCGGGUGAUGGAAUAGUUGUCGCACAUCUUCACGUAUCGCAAGCUCCCAUGCACGCCCACAUACGUCAUACCCCGCCAUGGGACGUUAUGCUGCUGUGGUUGCCUGCUGGUACCCAUUUCGGGCAGGGAUCUGCUGCAUGGAUCCCAAGAAACCGGCGGCACGACACACGACAUGAAACCCUUGCCACAACAACGCGCCAGAACUCCAGGGGACACGCGCACCUGCCAGCAGGCAAACCUUGGUCAAACACGCGACAAUGUCUCGAAUCCCGCUCGUCAUGGGGAUUGACCCCGCACCGAGCUACGACUGGUUUAAGGGGUUCGAUUACAGCUGGUUCGACGCUGGCAAUUUGGGCGGGCUGUCGUCCGUCCCGUUCUUCGAAACAGUGCCCGAACGGCUCGAUGGGCUGCUAGAGACGUCGUCGGCUCGACAGCAGCUGAGACUCGGCUUCGGCCCCGGCGACUGCAAGACGCUAUCGGGCUCCCCGAACUGCACCGAGGCGUGCUCUGACCCGUCUUUUCUCUUCACACCGACAAACCUCCGGGCUUGCGCCGCGCUGGCCGGCGCGGCCCUGCUAGUGCAAAACGGGACGUACUCGGUGGACCGGUCGGAUGCGCAGACUGCCAAGGCGAUCGGUUUCUGGCAUGUUCCCGACUUAUCUACAUACAACGCUAUCGAUGUGUUUACGCGUGUGGCCCAGUGCAUACCGCAGUCUUGCACCGUUGCAAGGUUGGGAGAGUGCGCAGAGAAUGUGCAGGACCUGGGGAGCGUCGAAAUCAAGGCGGAUAACUUGGCGCUUAUCUCGUCAAGGUUGGGCCAUUACUGCGAUGGGGUAGGCCUGGAGAUCAAUACUGAUAUUGCUGGACCCGGGGUCUUACUCUCAUACUUCCUCCAGACGAGCCUCGUUGUCUUGUUCUGGUUGAUACUGAAGAUCUCGAGAUCGUGGGUCCGUCACGUUGGUGUUCCGUUCAGAUGCCUCACCCGCCAGAGCAAGGAUGAAUUCCAGGAUAGGCUGGCAGCAGUCCAGAGCCAGCUGGAGAGAUCGAGGCUUGGCACCGCCGUCACUGCGUCCCUCAUGGAGUUUCAAGAGGUGCAGAUUUACUUCAUCAUUUCGGCCCAGAUUGCAACCAUCAUCGCCUACAAUCCCCAUUUGACAAAUACUUUGGGCAACAACAACAGCUCGUACGCCGCCGUUAUUCUCAACUCUGGGUUAGCAGCCUUCCUAAAUAUUUCUAGCAUGGGCUGCAUCUUCCUAGCUCAGUGCGCCCUUCACAAGGCCGGCAUGCGUUGGUGGUACAUCUUUAGCAUCAUGACGAUCAGCUUCAUCCUCGCCCUGAACAUGUUCGCUAUCCGAGAUCAGCUUAUGCCGCCUGUCGAGUUGCUAUGGGAGCAGUUCAAGGACGACGCACCGCUACCUCUGUGUGGUAAUAACCCCAGCCCUAUGACGUACUGCGGACAGUCUGUGGACACCGGCUACCUCGACAAUGACGUAGUAGGGUUCGUGAUUUCUGGGCUCGGCUCUUUGACAUGGGUCGGGCUGUUCAUCGAUCAACUCAACUUCAGCCUCCAAACACAGCAUCCGACGCUACGACAGCGUCUAUGCACGAAACUCAAUCGGUAUGAGGGCAUUGUGCGAAGGAAAAGCAAGGUCUGGAGGGUCUUGGGCAAUGCGUACUGGCUUGUUAUUGAGUUUGCCCUCGUUUGCCUCGUUGGGUACCACCUCAGUCAGCUCAUUCUCGUCCUCGAAAACGUUUCGAUUGGUGACAUUGGCAAAUGGGGGUUUGGCCAGCUCAUUGCCGUUAUGGUCUGGGCGCCGACAAUCAUCAAGUGCAUUUACUUCAACGCCUUUGGAGUUAAAGGCGGCUUCGAGGAACGAAUACCGAAAGAUUACAAAAUCAUCCGAGAGAGCGAGCCAGAGGACUCCAGUCCUCAGGAGUUAUACAAAGGGCUGGGGCAGCAGUUAACGAGCGGGACAUAGCCUACGGUCAUCUCGAUCUGUAGACUGUUAUAUUUCGAACAAGGUAUCAAGACUACGCCUAUCUUCCCGGCGGGGGUGAAU